AUGUCAAUUGAUAUUAAUAACUCGCAAUUGGAUAUUGACAAUCUACUUGAGCGGCUGCUCGAAGUGCGUGAAUGUCAUCUACCUGACAAGUUUGUUCAAAUAUCCGAACAGGAAAUAAACCUCUUGUGUGAAAAAUCGAAAGAAGUCUUCCUCAGUCAACCAAUGCUUCUUGAACUCGAAGCUCCUAUCAAAAUAUGCGGCAAUAUUCACGGUCAAUAUACUGAUCUGCUUCGCCACUUCGAAUCUGGUGGCUUUCCACCUAAAUCCAACUAUCUAUUUCUUGGUAACUAUAUUGAUAGAGGUAGACAAUCUUUGGAAACAAUUUGUCUUCUACUCGCUUACAAAACAAAAUAUCCUGAUAACAUUUUCUUACUAAGAGGAAAUCACGAAUGUGCCUCAAUCAAUCGUAUCUAUGGGUUUUACGACGAAUGCAAACGACGGUACAACAUCAAAUUAUGGAAGUCAUUCAAUGCCUGUUUCAAUUGUCUUCCAGUAGCUGCUAUUGUGGCCGGCAAAAUCUUUUGUUGUCAGGGAGGCCUUUCACCUGAUCUCCAUAGCUUAGAACAAAUUCAACAGAUUCAACGACCGAUCGAUGUGCCCGACGCUGGUCUUCUUUUUGAUCUACUUUGGUCCGAUCCGGACAAUGACUUGAAACGUUGGAGUGAGAAUGACGCCGGUAUUUCGUUUAGAUUCGGUGUUGAUAUAGUAAACGAAUUUUUGAAUCGACAUAAGAUGGACUUGAUUUGUCGAGCACAUCAGGUCGUCAAAGAUGGUUACGAGUUUUUCGCCGAUCGCCGAUUGGUCACUGUCUUUUCAGCUCCAGACUAUCUUGGUUCAUUCGAAAAUGCAGGCGCACUCAUGUCGGUCGACGCGAAUUUAAUGUGUUCUUUUAUGAUUCUUCAUUCAAGUAGUGAGCAAGCUAAUGAACAAGACGAUAAGAAUCUAAAAGCGGACUGUCAAGCCCAAUCUGUCAGUGACAAUGUGAUCAAUCCAUCUGUGACGAAAGUGGAAGGUUGUCAAAAAUGUGUGAGCUGGGCUGACAUGAACGACAGUGCAUCCCCUCAAUAA